UCUCAGAGACAUCAGUCAGAAUCAAGUGCAGGAGGAAAAGCAAAGGAAGGAUGAAAUGUCUACUCACCUUAAUAGUGGGAGGCAGUCUAGUGAGAAGAGGGAAUGUGAGUGUCAGGAGAAAUCGUCCCUUAUGGAAACUGCAACUUGCCAUGAAUCUGGAAGCAAGUUCGUCCCUAUUAGAAGAAGAGGACUUUUCUUUAGCGAUUCUGUUUUUCAAGACACCAGGAAUGACUUCCACAAGGCAAUAAAGGAGGUGCUAAGGAACUGGGGAGAGGAAUCGUCCAUCUUCGAUGAUCUCACAAGCUACAGAAACCUUCGGUCUCGAGAUCUUAGAGAGGAGAAUCAGGCUGUCACAUCACUGGAAGACGAAUCUUACCAUAAGUUUGUAAUCGAUGUUCAUGAUUUUAUGAACGGAGGAGAAAUCAGUGUGAAGGCUGUGAACGAGCGAGAGUUGGUGGUUGAAGGUCACUUGGAGAAGAAGGAAGACGGUUCCAGGUCCAGCAAGCGGUUCCUUCGACGCUUCGUUGUUCCUGGAGACAUUCAACUGGACGCUGUUACUUCCGUCAUGUCCUCAGAUGGUGUGCUGACAAUUUCGGCUCCGAAAAAGAAGCCAACGAUUGUAAUCAAAGAAGUCAAAGUACCAAUGAGCAUCGAGGAAAAAGGAAGCAAGAGCCACACACAGAUUGAAGACAAAAUCAUCAACUCGGAAGAAGGCAGCCAUGAGGCUUCAUCAGCAUUGACUAGCAGGACUAAAAAUCAAACAAAAUGUGAAGCUCAUAGUGUACAGGAAACCUCCACAAAAGCAACGUCACAGUCCUCAUCCGUCGACACUGCUUCAUUUGCGUCAAAUGAAAGUCAGACACGCAAACACAUUAUCCCAGUUCAUUAUGAAGUUGCAAAUGAAAGCAACAGCCUCGAGCAACUUGAUCGCCAGCAUCAAGUUACUCUGAAGGACAAUCAAGUUAGUGAUAAUGCUCGAAAAUCAGAGUGUGAGGCGAAAGUGUCUACUGCUUCCCUUGCAAGUGAAGGCAAACGCUCUUCAGAAAGUUCGUAUUUGCCCAUAAUCAGGAAGGGUCUGUUUUCUGAUGACCAUUUCUUCGAGAAUGUACGUCAGAACUACAGUCAGGCUGUGAAGGAAGUGUUGGAAAGUGCCAAUGAAUGGUCUGGUGAAAGGGACGCCAUGCAGGUCUACAGAAAUUUACGUCACGACAAAAUCAAAAAUGACAAGUACAAAAUCAACAUUCUUGAAAGAUGA